UUGAUGCGUCAAAGGAGUUUCUCUGUUGUGAGUCAGAGAGGAGACAACAAACAAAAAUGGAUGAUUGCUGCGCCGUUUGCGCCGAGAAUCUAGAAUGGGUUGCUUACGGCUUCUGCGGCCACCGAGAGGUUUGCUCCACCUGCGUCGUUCGCCUCCGCUUCAUCCUCGGCGAUCGCCGCUGCUGCAUCUGCAAAACCGAAUGCCCCAUCGUCUUCGUCACAAAGGAGUUUGGUGAUUAUACAAAGACGAUUACUGACUUCUCAACGUUCCCAUCAGACCCAAAGGAAGGUCGUGUGGGCUCCUUCUGGUACCAUGAAGAAACCAAACUCUUCUUCGAUGACUUCAACCAGUACACAAGGAUUAAGUCAAUGUGCAGACUCUCCUGCACCUCUUGUGUCUCUAACCAUCGUAUGCGGUUUAAGAGCGUUGAGCACUUGAAGAAUCACUUGAACCAGCAGCAUAAGUUGCAUAUGUGUAGUUUAUGUCUUGUGGGUCGUAAGGUAUUCAUUUGUGAGCAGAAGCUGUUUACUAAGGAGCAGUUGAAUCAGCAUAUAAGUAGCGGUGACUCUGAAGUUGAUGGAAGUGAGAGUGAGAGAGGAGGCUUCACUGGUCAUCCUAUGUGCGAGUUCUGUAAGCGUCCGUUCUAUGGUGGCAAUGAGCUUUACACUCAUAUGUCUAGAGAGCAUUACACCAGUCACAUAUGCCAAAGGCUGAGGCCAGGGCAGUAUGAAUAUUAUGGAAACUAUGAUGAUCUGGAGGCUCACUUCCGCAGUGACCAUUUUCUAUGUGAAGACGAGUCUUGUCUUGCUAAGAAGUUCAUAGUUUUCCAAAUCGAAGCUGAGUUGAAAAGGCACAAUACAGUUGAUCAUGGAGGUAGAAUGUCUCGUACUCAGCAAAGCGCGUCGUUACAGAUUCAAGCGGGUUUCCAAGUUCAGAGUCGCCGUGGAAGGAGACGAUCAUCUCAAGCACCUUAUGCCAUUGACGACGGUUAUCCUCUUCUUCAAACUAUGAGGAGCCCUGGAGGAUCACGUCUGGGAGAAUCUUCUUUCCCUCCACUCUCCGUGCAAGCAAACCGAGGAGUGCAAACAAGAUUUGGACAGAACUCAGAGAGUAACAAUCUAAGACAUGAAGCAAAUAGAAGUGCAGCUGCUAGGUCUUCUCAAGCCUGGCCAGCGUUAAUCCGAGGCCCAACUCAAGCAUCUGUUCCAAGCAGUGUACAAUCUUCUAGCGCUUCUGCUCAAUCUCAGUCUAGAACUCUUGCUUCUUCUCAAGCAUCAGUUAGUGGAUGUUCAUCUGGUUCUUCACUGAACUCCAGCAAUGUAAAGAGGAAUCAUCACACAACUUCAACUGCUAAAACGUCUGAUACAAGAUCACUAGAGCAGCCUUCUCAUCCUGGUUCUCCACCAGUUUCUGCUGUGAAGUCUGAUAACAAGAGUUUGGUUGAUAAAAUACGCUCCAGCCUCGGUCACGAUGAAGAGUUAUUCAAGGCCUUCAAGGAUACAUCAGGAAAGUAUCGUCAUGGUUCGAUAGAUGCAAGAACUUACUUAGAGUAUGUGAAAGGGUAUGGGUUGUCUCACUUAGUUCUCGAUAUGGCUAGACUCUGCCCUGACCCUAAGAGACAGAAGGAGCUCAUUGAUACCCAUAAUGCUUGCUUGAAGAGCAGUUCACAGGCAAAAGAGAGUUGCGGUUUGAAGAAAAACAAAGGGAAAGCUGUGAAAGUUGAAAGUAGCAGUGACUCCAUGGGGUUUAAGUUGCAGUUCUCUGACAAAUCUCAGGAUGAAGACAAGGUGAAGAUACAGAAAGACAAAGGCAAAGCAGUUGUGGACACUUCAUCUGGUGGUGGAGUGGGAUUAGGCAGCAACACAGGGAAGCAAUUUAAGAAAACUCCAAAGUUUCUCAGAGCACGUCUUGGCGAGAAAUCCAUGGCUGCAAACCUUAGGAGUUCUUCUAACACAACAGAGCCUGAAGCAGAAUCCAAGAAUGAUGAAUCCAAAAGUAGCCAGAGCUCUACCGAUGGGUUGCAACUUCGUGGUGCUUGGCGGAGAGGAAGUGCAAAACUCUUCUCCUAGUUAAAAAAAAAGAAUCUGUGUCCUCUUUUGCUUCCUUAGGAAAAUAGACAAUGAUAUGACAGCUUUUGCACAGAUGAACCAAGUCAUAUAAGCUUGCAUGUGUUUUGUGUCUUUUUGGAUGUAGUGAAAGAGCUUAUGUUGAA